AUGCGCGACUAUAUCCAGCGGAAAGCCUCCACUGGGGCCACUUAUAUCGAACUUGAAUCCUUGAGUCAAACAGGAUGGGAGCUACAACAGGAAAUACUAGCCUGGAAACUCUCAGCAAAAGACCCAAAUUCAUUCAACCAGGUCGCAAUGCUGUACCAGCAAGGCAUGCUCAUCUACCUCUCCGGACAAUACGACUACCGUCCGGAACUCGGGACCCUCCCGGCCAACGUCCCACGACGAACAGGAACCGAGAUCCAAACACAUGUGUUGCGCAUUCUCGACUUGACACCACAUCUCCUGAACAAGUCAAACUUCGCUGAAGUCAUGUAUCUAUUCCCACUACGCGUAGCAGGAGCCCGUGCCGUCGAUUUCGUGACGAGGUCCAAGGUCAUCGGGCUGGCAAGGCGGAUUGCCGAGCGAGGGUUCCGUGUCACGGAGCGAGUCUUGUCGGAUCUGCAGCUGCUGUGGCGGUUUCGAGAUUCAGGUCUUGCACCGCUCCCUAUAACUGAGAUUUAG